AUGGAAUCAUCCGAGACGGCGUCCGUAUCUUCAAGGGCGUCUUCAUCUUCAGCUCGACCUAAAAAUUAUAUUUGUGACGAACCAGGCUGCGAGAAAGCGUAUUCUAAACCAUCACUAUUAGAACAACAUAAAAGAUCACAUACUAACGAAAGGCCAUUUAAAUGCUCGGAAACGGGCUGUGAUAAGUCUUUUUUAAGGAAAUCACAUUUGCAGGCACAUUUGCUUUCCCAUGAAGAUCAAGAAAGCAAACCGUUCCAGUGUGCAAAAUGCGGCAAAGGUGUAAAUACCUUACAGCAUCUUAAGAGACACGAAAUAACCCAUACGAAAUCAUUCGCAUGCACAUUUGAGGGUUGUAAUGAGUCAUUUUAUAAGCACCAGUCAUUAAGACAUCAUACGCUAUCUGUACAUGAAAAAAAAUUGACGUGCAGCAAAUGUAACAAGUCAUUUAACAGGCCAUAUAGAUUGGCACAACACAACAUAAAAUAUCACAGUGAUUCACCGGCUUAUCAAUGUGACCAUCAAGGCUGUUUUGGAAAUUUCAUGACAUGGUCGGCUCUACAAUUGCAUAUAAAAACAGAGCAUCCAAAGAUAAAGUGUCCUAUAUGUGGCAAGGGUUGUGUAGGCAAAAAAGGGCUUCGGUCACAUAUGAAUAUCCACGACGAAGAAAAGAUGGUCAAAUUAUGGAAUUGUAAUUAUUGUAAUAUUGGAAAAUUUGUGAAAAAAGCUGAUUUAAUAGAUCAUUACAACACCUAUCAUGACAGAAAUCUUCCUGAUGAUUUAUUAAAACCAAGCGAACGAGAACAGUUAGAUAAACUUUUGAAUGAGAAGGACUUGGCUCAUAAUGGUUUUAAUACUUUAGAAGGCUUACAAUCAAAGGGGUUUGUAGAGGUACCAUCGUCAGAUGAAGAGAAUGAAGAGAAUGAUCGUUUGUCUAAUGGCAUGCAUGCUUCGCACAAAUCAUUAAAUUCGUUAAACUUGACUUUGGAAUCUGGAAAAGCAUCUAUUGUGGAUCUUAUUCUGAAUAAUUAUCUGAAAAGAAAGCUUCCAUGCCCGAAAAAGAAUUGUGAUAGAAUGUUUAGUCGUGAUUAUGAUCUUCAAAGGCAUUUAAAGUGGCAUGAAUCACACUUAAAGAAAAUUGAAAGCUUUUUAGAAAGUCUUGAUCUGGAAGAAAAGAACUCAAGUGGCAAUAUGCACGAUAAGAGGGUGUUUCCUGAUAAUGAUGAAUCUGAUAUGCCUACAAAGAGACUACAUGCAUUGGAUAGUAAUGAUGACGACUUUGAACUAGAUGAUUUGAUAGACGAAGAAUUAAAAUCGAUCCAGGCUGGUCAAACUGCCUCUAAUACGGCGGAUGUAAAAUAG